AUGGCGGCAACGCAGGCCAUUGAGCUUCUACGCGUCACUAUCGACACCGUGUUGGCGGGACCGCAGGGCGAUGAACGGGGUGUAUUUCGCUGGGUUGUCUUGGGCCUAGCAGGUUUUAUUAUGGUGGUCUCCUGGUGUCUCUUGCGUCGUGUUUACAAGAGCUUCGGCUGGACAAUAUUUCGUCGCGGUGGGGCCAAACGUAGUGUGCGAGAAAUGUUCAGGAUGCACCAGCGCCACCGAGCCUGCAACCUCCUAGACGCCCAGUGCGCCUGUUUGCUGUUUGCCGCGCUCGUUUUUUUUUUGUCCAGAGUUUCCACAAGGGCGGCUCCUGGGUGUUGA